AUGUCUCAUUUCCGCAACGGACCAGUAGCCCCGGGCAUAGCGUUCAUCACAGGUGGAGCUCGAGGCCUAGGAAAUGCCAUAGCCGUUUCCUUCGCCAAAGAAGGUUCCAAAGGCAUUGCGCUUGUCGACAUCCAGGACGACGAGACUUUCCAGAAAGGCAAGGCCGCGGUAGAGAGGUAUGGUGCAAAAGUCAUUACGAUUCGCGCGGAUGUCACGCAGGAAGACCAGGUCGAAAGAGCCGUCGAGGAGGCCGUAAAGGAGUUUGGGCGCAUAGAUUAUGCGGCGAAUUUCGCCGGUAUCAUCGGCCCUCUGGCACCGAGUUGGGAUAUCUCGCUGGAGCAGUGGAAGAAAGUAAUCGACGUGAACUUGGUCGGAGUCUGGCUGUGUACUCGGCUGGAGCUGAAACAGAUGAUGAAGCAAUCUUCCAUCGACGUGGAAGAAGGCCGAGUACCGCAACAAGGCAGCAUCGUUAAUGCCGCAUCUGUCAAUUCCAUACAGGCGGGCGCGGGGACAACUGGAUACACAGCCGCGAAGCACGGGGUAGUCGGCAUCACCAAAGCCGCUUCUCUAGAAGCUCGCGGAGCCAAUAUCAGAGUCAACUGUGUCUCUCCAGGCUUUCUUCAAACAGAGCUUUUGGCGCCUGCGGCCAGAACUGGUGCUCUACCGGACGAGAUCUGGGGCAUAUACGAGAAGCGGCAAGGAAGGACGGCAAAUUUCGAGGAGGUCGGAGAUGUUGUUGUUUGUUUGAGUACGCCGAGGUUCAGUUUGGUGAAUGGACACAAUCUUGUGAUUGAUGGGUAAGUUAUUCCUCCUUCGGUUUCGAGGUCGCCAUGUCCAUUGCUGACCAGAAAUCCAGUGGAUUUACCAUAAAUGAGAACAGCGAAUGA